AAAUCAGUUUUCUUCUCCUGAACUUCCCGCCUUUUUUUGGGAGCGAAACUCACAGCAGAAUACCAGUCGCGUUGCGGUGCUACCGAUCCAGUCUUUUCGGACCAUGAACUCUCGCGAGCUUGCCCUCGUCUCCACAGCCGCCGUUGUCGGUGCCGUCGCUUCGGCCAUUGCUUGUCGCUUCUUCUUUAAUCCUAAAAAGCACCGACCUCAGUUCGAUUUGUCGAGAAAUGAUGCUCCCUUGAACAACGGGCACUCGCAGUGUCCUUUCGAUCCCUCCAAACGCAAUGGGUAUUUGUCAUGGGAUGACUAUUUCAUGGCCAUUGCAUUCCUAUCGGCGGAAAGAUCGAAGGAUCCCAAUCGGCAGGUUGGUGCAUGCCUGGUUAGUCAAAAUGGUGUAAUUCUUGGCAUAGGAUAUAAUGGAUUUCCCAGAGGAUGCCCUGAUGACAAGCUUCCUUGGGCAAAGAAAUCAAAAACCAGCAAUCCUUUGGAGACAAAGUAUCCCUAUGUUUGUCACGCUGAAGUCAAUGCCAUCUUAAACACAAAUCAUGCUUCGGCUAGUGGACAGAGGCUCUAUGUGACCAUGUUCCCUUGUAACGAAUGUGCAAAAGUAAUUAUUCAGUCUGGCGUCUCUGAAGUUAUUUAUUUUAUUGAGAAGAGGAUGAACAAUUCUGUUGCUUAUAUUGCCUCUCACAAAUUGCUAUCAAUGGCUGGCGUAAAAGUUAGGAAACAUCAACCCUGGUCAAAUCAGAUCUUGAUCAAGUUCGAGGAGCCUCAUACAUGAAAAGUAUUUACCCCUUCUUCGAGUGUCUAUAUUUCGAUUCACAUUCUUCAAGAUCAAGAUCGAAAGCUUGAAACUUAUAUCGAUGCAGUUUCUCCUUU